AGAUGGCUGGUCAACCAAACCAUUGUUGUGGUGUGGGUACUGUUCCAUUGAGGAUCUCCAAUGAUCCCCAUCCAGAAUCUCUACAUGCAUAUAUCCCCCUGCCCUUGGCUUCCUCAAAGAGCAAGUACACAUCAUUGUCCUGAUGACACCAGCCAUCUAAGUUUCCUGCUUUGCCUCCUACCACCUGUAUUCUGUCGAGCUUUCAAAAGCCUUGUGUGAAGUUGACUUUGGUUAAGCAACUUGCGAAUGGGGAUGGUUGGAGACUCCAGGGGUGGUGGGGUCCUCAGAAGGAAGGGUGGGAGAUUCUAUCAUUCGAAGGCACACAAGGCCAGAGAGAUGAUAACAGCAUAGCAACAGUUGCAAUCCAUUAUCUGCCAUCAGGAUCCAGUGUAGAUGCUUUUGGGAUAGGAUAGGGAGUUCCAAGGCAGCACAAGACCUGUCAAUAGCUGGAGUUUUCUCCUUUUUUUUUUGGUGGAUAUCUGAAGAAACAGAGAGAGGAACCAUCUGAUAACUGGAAAAACUAUAUAUAUAUAGAUAUGGGAAUUGUAUGAUGGGAACCUAAAGAAGUUGAGCAAUGGAAGCCAAUAGCUCCCCGAGCCGCACUCUCUCGGAUGGUGCUGCCAACUUGGAUCUCUUGGAUCGGUUGCUCUCAGGAGAGGGAUGGCUGGAAUUCCCCAAUUCCUCUGAUGUCUUGCAAUCCAACACCCCAAACUCCAUGAGUCCCUUUGAUUCUUUAAGCUUUUCGCCUCUUUUUGAGGUCAGCAAUGGUAAUUCUACUCGAGUCCUGCCAGAAAGCGAUAAUCUAGAUGACACGGAUAGGUCUGUUAUCUCUACAAAUCCACCUUCAGAUGAAAGCCAAGUAGGAAAUAUUGAUAGAACACAUUCCCUUAAUUCAAGCACCAUCGGCCGAAUCAUGUAUUCAGUUCAAUCAGGUGAAUUGAGCACAAUCAAUCCAAGCCCUGAACCGGGCACUAAUUGGUGGAUCCGGCCGAGCAGUUCGAUCUCUUCAGUGAAAGAUAGAUUCAUGCAUGCACUUAGUUACAUCAAGGAGACCCACAGAGAAGGUAAUGUCCUUGUUCAGCUAUGGGUGCCUAUGAAGAGAGGAGACCAACUGGUGCUUACAACUUAUGGCCAACCAUUCUUAGUUGAUCCCAAUUGUGAGAAGCUUGUGAAUUAUAGGGAGAUCUCGACGAACUAUGAAUUCUCAGCCGAAGAGAACUCUGGUCGGGCAUUAGGCUUGCCCGGCCGGGUCUUUCUGGGAAGGCUGCCGGAAUGGACACCAGAUGUUCGGUAUUUUGACAGCUCCGAGUUUUUGCGCGUCGGUUAUGCGGAGUAUUUCGAUGUUCGUGGCACGAUAGCACUUCCAGUAUUUGAGCAUGGGGGUCGGUCUUGCUUGGGUGUCGUGGAGGUUGUGACGACUACCCAAGAUAUGAACCACAGUUCUGAACUUCAAAACAUCUGCAAUGCUCUCCAGGCAGCUGAUCUUACGAGUUCUGAAGUUCUGAGUGUUCCCCAUUUAAAGGUAAGUGGUGGUUCUUACCAAGCUGCUUUACCUGAGAUUCUAGAGGUCUUAAAAACCAUCUGCAAGAUGCACAAACUGCCAUUAGCCCAAACUUGGAUUGCAUGCAUUCAGCAAGGCAAAACAGGAAGCCGCCAUUCUAAGGAGAACUACAAAGAUUGUGUAUCCACUGUGGAUGCUGCUUGUUAUUUGAAUGAUCCUUCUAUGUUGAGUUUUCAUAGGGCAUGUUCCGAGCAUCACUUGCUAAAAGGGCAAGGUGUAGCCGGCAAGGCUUUCACAACGAAUGAACCAUGUUUUUCGCCAGAUAUUACUGCUUCCUGCAAGACAGAAUAUCCCCUAUCUCACCAUGCGAGGAUGGUCAACCUAAAGGGUGCAGUGGCAAUCCGCCUGCGAAGCAUUCGCAGUGGAAAUGCUGACUUUGUAUUGGAGUUCUUUCUACCACCUGAUUGUAUCGGCAGUGAAGAGCAGAAGUUGAUGCUUAAUUCAUUGUCAAACACUAUCCAACAGGUUUGCCAGACCUUGCGGGUCAUGACAAUCAAGGAGCUAGAGGAUGAGGCGAUGUUGCAAGUAAAUGAAUUAAUUCCCUCAGAACUUCGUUAUGACAAAUCUGGUUCUGAAGAAGGUCGCAGACAAAAUGUUGACGAUGUUCUUUCAGUGGAGGCCUCAGAGAAAGAAACAAGUGAAUUUUUGGAACUUGAAAAGGACUGGUUUGAAGGAUUUACUGUCACAACUCACAGUAAUCACCCAGAGGUGGUAUUACCUGCAGGAGAGAUAUUCUCAGAGUUUAAGCAGCAUCGUCAAGAUUUGCAGAACGAUGUUAGCAAUCAUAAAGAUUCUUUUACCAGUGAUUGUAGCUUUCCAGUUUCUGGGAAAGCAACAGAAAAGAGGCGUACAAAAACAGAAAAGACUGUCAGUUUGGAAGUUCUUCGGCAGUACUUUGCUGGUAGCCUGAAGGAUGCAGCAAAGAGCAUUGGAGUGUGCCCUACUACUCUGAAAAGAAUAUGCCGGCAGCAUGGGAUAACUCGUUGGCCUUCACGAAAAAUCAAGAAAGUGGACCACUCUUUGAAGAAACUGCAAGUUGUCAUUGACUCAGUUCAUGGUGCUGAUAAAGGCAUUCAACUCAGUUCCCUAUACAAAGAAUUUACAAAGGCCUCUGGGCCAAAUGGGAAUUUAUCAGGAAGCAUCACAUUUUCCCCAGUGAAUCAAAAGGAUCACCCAGAAUCUACCCAUCAACAACAAGAUGCCAGAUUGGGACAUCAUCUUUCAUCACCUUCUCUUUCCUCCUCAUCAUGCAGUCAAUGUUCUAGUUCUAGUCACUCUUGUUCAAGUGGGGCAAAGCAGCCCACUCAAGCUGCUGAAUUUAUAAUCAAACAAGAAUCUUCCAUGGAAGAGACCCCAAGUGGUAUUCCUGAGAGAACAAAUAGUCAGGUGGAUUUGUCUCUCCCAACUCAAGAGACGACUUUAUGUAUCAAAAGAUCUUCAAAUGAUAAGUCACCAAUUGAGCAUUGUUCUCCUGGAACAUUGUCUUCUUUGCACAAGGAUACUAGCAGUUGGAUUAGAGUAAAAGCCAUGUAUGAAGCAGAGAAAGUUCGGCUUCGGUUGCAGCCUACGUGGGGUUUUCAAGAUUUGAAACAAGAGAUCACAAAGCGGUUUAAUAUAGGUGAUACAAAUUCAGUGAAUCUCAAGUACUUGGAUGAUGAUACAGAGUGGAUCCUACUAACAUGUGAUGCAGAUCUCCAGGAGUGCAUUCAUGUAUACAGAUCAUCUGGUGCUGAAACGAUAAAAAUUUCUGUUCAGUCUGUUGGAAUGUCACAAUGAUUAAGGAGCUUCAAUCCCAUUCAGCAUCAUUUGCAACAACAACAAGAACAAGAACAACAAGGGGAACAAAAGAGCACUUUCUUGUUGUUGUGAUAGGGAUGUUACAAGGGUUGAGCUUAGAGAGCACUCUAGAAGUUGGAUUUAAAAGAUUGCAUGAAUAUCUAAAGCACAAAGUUUCUUGCUGCCACAGCUUGGUUGAUUCAGCAAAGGAAACCAAAGAUAACAAGGAUCCAGGUUGAUUUGAUAUUUCUGAUAGGAUAUUAUUUCAUUUUUAUUCUUAAUGAGGUCAUGCGUGAGCUUGCUGGCUAGACCUCUUGGUCUGGACAUGAUUGUUUCCUGCAGCAGUACCAUUGUUGGCUGUGGAUUAGAGGCAUUAAUCUAAUAAGCUUGAACAGUUUUGAGUUGUGCUGUACAUUUCUGAGUGUGGUUUUCAGGGCAGUGCACAAUUUGUCAAAUUUAGUCUCCAAAUCUUCAUAAGAUGAGGUAAUGUAGAUAAACUUGAUAAACUGAACCAGCUCCAGGUUAAGGAUGGUCCUUAUGAAUUGAUAAAAUCCUAGAAUAUGGAGCAAAAGCAGGUGAUUAUGAUCAAGUGUGCACGAGAUGCUCAAAGCCUGAAUAAGGCAAGCUAAAGAUGAAGAAAUGUGAUACAGAUCACCAUGCUGAAGUUUCUAGUCCAGCAGCAAGAUUCGUAGUCCAAAGCUGUAGUUGCCAUGGCAGCAAGCAUAGUAUGGUACGUCGGCUAGCAAAAGAUCAAAGGAUGCUAUAGGAAGAAACUUGUGUUCUAAAUACAAUGAAGAGGAUGGUGUCAGUGGACAUUCGAAAUUAAACUCAUAAGUAGAAAACUUUGGCCCAUGAAGUCACAGUAAUAUGCCAAUUGCUUGAUAGUCAUAUCUCCCACUCUGGACAAAUCAUUGUAUUAUCCUGGAUUUUUGUACAAACCCUUGAAAGGUUGUUUCCGUUGAAGCUCUGUACAAGGCAUACAGAAACACUAUAGAGAACGUAUUGUUUUUGUACACUGAAGCUUUAAAAUAUCAGUAGAUUUUCCUGUAUUAUCUUGUACCGUACUCAUUAAAAAGUAGCACAUCUUUUCAUCUCUUUUA